AUGCCGUCGGAGAAGACCUUCAAGCAGCGCCACACCUUCGAACAAAGAGUAGAAGAUGUCCGGCUUAUCCGAGAGCAGCAUCCCACCAAAAUCCCGGUGAUAAUAGAACGAUACAAGGGGGAAAAGCAGCUUCCUGUUCUGGAUAAAACCAAGUUUCUUGUACCUGAUCAUGUCAACAUGAGUGAACUCAUCAAGAUAAUUAGAAGGCGCUUACAGCUCAACGCUAAUCAAGCCUUCUUCCUGUUAGUGAAUGGGCACAGCAUGGUGAGUGUGUCCACACCGAUAUCGGAAGUGUAUGAAAGUGAAAAGGAUGAAGAUGGAUUCCUGUAUAUGGUCUACACCUCUCAGGAGACAUUCGGAAUGAAAUUGUCGGUGUAA